AUGUGGAGGUUAACGACUAGCGAGGGUGGCGGGCCGUGGCUGCGGUCGGCCAAUAGCUUCCUGGGGCGGCAGGUGUGGGAGUACAACCCUGACGCUGGCACGGCCGAAGAUCGUACGGAGGUCGACAAGUUGCGGGAUAACUUCACCAAGCACCGCUUUCAGAGGAAGGAGUCCCAGGAUCUCCUCCUACGCUUGCAGUACGCAAAACUAAACCCACUUCCAGCGAAUGUUCCAGCAGUGAAGCUUGAAAGCAGUGCAGAAGUCAAUGAACAAAUUCUAUCAGCUUCCUUGAGACGAGCUUUGAAUAAAUAUUCCACUCUACAAGCAGAUGAUGGUCAUUGGCCUGGUGACUACAGUGGAAUUUUGUUCAUUAUGCCUAUCAUUAUAUUCUCUUUAUAUGUCACAGGUUCACUUAACACUGUAUUAUCACCAGAACAUCAGCGCGAGAUACUUCGCUACAUAUACAACCACCAGAAUGAGGAUGGUGGAUGGGGUAAACAAGUUCUCGGUCCAAGUACCAUGUUCGGGUCAUGUUUUAAUUAUGCAUCAUUAAUUAUCCUCGGUGAGAAGCUGGACGUCUAUAAUGAUGGAUUGGCCAAAGGGCGUUCUUGGAUUUUAUCUCACGGAGGUGCUACUGCAAUUCCACAAUGGGGAAAGAUAUGGCUGUCGAUACUUGGCGUUUAUGAAUGGUCAGGAAAUAAUCCAAUUAUUCCCGAGCUGUGGCUUCUUCCCGAUUUUCUUCCGAUCCACCCAGGACGGUUUUGGUGUUUUACACGGUUGGUGUACAUGUCAAUGGCAUAUCUUUAUGGCAAGAGAUUUGUUGGGCCCAUUACUCCAAUUAUACUAGCACUACGAGAGGACCUCUAUGAUACACCAUAUGAACAAAUUAAUUGGGACAAGGCGCGUGAUUCUUGUGCAAAGGAAGAUCUUCAUUACCCCCGUUCACGAGUGCAAAAUAUUCUAUCUGGUUGCCUUAACAAGUUUGUGGAGCCAAUACUCAACUACUGGCCGGCCAACAAGCUCAGAAGCAGAGCUUUGAGUAACCUCAUGGAGCACAUCCACUAUGAAGACGAAACAACCAAUUAUAUUGGAAAAUGUCCUAUCAACAAGGCAUUGAACAUGAUUUGUUGUUGGGUAGAAAACCCAAAUUCUGACGCCUUCAGGCAACACCUUCCAAGGUUUUAUGAUUACUUGUGGCUUUCAGAAGAUGGCAUGAAGGCAAAGGUAUAUGAUGGCUGUCAUAACUGGGAAAUAGCCUUCAUAGUUCAAGCUUAUUUCUCAACAAAUCUUAUUGGCGAGUUUGGCCCAACUCUACAAAAGGCUCAUGAGUUUAUGAAAAAGUCACAGGUUCUUAAAAAUCAGCCUAAUUAUGAAAGUUAUUAUCGCCAUAGAUCAAAAGGUGCAUGGGCACUUUCUACUGUAGACAAUGGUUGGUCUGUGUCUGAUUGUACUGCAGAAGUUGUUAAAGUAUUGCUAUGGUUAUCCAAGAUUUCUCCUAACCUUGUUGGUGAUCCAAUAACACAAGAAAGGUUGUAUGAUGCCAUUGAUUGCCUCCUUUCUUUUAUGAAUAAAGAUGGUACCUUCUCUACAUACGAAUGUAAAAGAACAACUUCGUGGUUAGAGGUUCUUAACCCUUCAGAGAGCUUUCGGAAAAUUGUCAUCGAUUAUCCAUCUGUUGAAUGCACUGCAUCAGCUCUUGAUGCUUUAGUUAUUUUUAAAGAUAUGCAUCCACAACAUCGUAGCGGCGAGAUAGAAAAAUGCAUAAAAAAUGCUUCUAUGUUCAUUGAGAAGAGUCAACGAAAGGAUGGUGCAUGGUAUGGAACCUGGGGUAUUUGUUUUACUUAUGGAACCAUGUUUGCGGUAAGAGGAUUAGUUGCUGCUGGAAGAACUUAUGAUAAUAGUUAUUCCAUCAGGAAAGCAUGUAGCUUUCUGUUGUCGAAGCAACAAAUAACAUGUGGAUGGGGAGAAAGCAAUAUAUCUAGUGACAUAGAGGAUUAUGUUGACAGUGGUAAUCCUAUUGCAGUGAACACAUCAUUUGCAAUGCUAGCUUUAAUUUAUGCUGGGCAGGUUUUAUACAAAGCAGCAAAACUAUUGGUCAACAUGCAACUGGAAACUGGCGAAUUCCCCCAACAGGAACAUGUUGGAUGCUUUAAUUCAUCCUUGUACUUUAACUAUGCCAACUACCGCAACUUAUUUCCCAUUAUGGCUCUUGGGGAGCUCCGGAGCCGCCUUCUCCAGAACAAGAAUUGA